GGGACCAAGGAAGGCCACCAAAUCCUGAUGGAGGCUCGUGAGGCAGUGCUGAAGAACAAGGGCGUCAAGCUGGAGAAAUUCUCCUACGUGGUGCUGCGCCGGGGGGGACCCCGCGAGGAGUCCGGCACUUGGCCCCGCCUGGUCCAGCCUGCGCUGCGCCGCACACGGCACGUUCAUGCCCACCUCUGCUGCGCCGACGGCAACCCUGUGCCACACUGUCAUCACCCCUCGCAAGAGUGGCAGGGAUCUUUACCGAUGGGCCCGGAACUGCUCCUGGGGAGACCGACUGCCUGUGGCCUUCCACCAACCCGCCUGCCGUGUGACGGGGAGACGGACCGGGAAUGCAGACGGAUAGCCCAGAGCGGGCGGGAAAUACGGGGACUGGGAGUGGUGGGAGCAGGGGGACGGGGGGUCGAGGGGGGGGGGGGGUCCUGCCGUGUGGGAGUGACCAAAUCCCAUCGGUCUCCGCUGCAUGAGUGGGAUGGGCUCGGAGAGACACGGACCGAACGCAGGGGGUCUGAUGCCCUCCCCGCCCCCUCCAUCGCCAACGUGACUCGCCCAUGUGCUUACAGUCAGGAGUUGGGAUCACGUAUCAGGGAAGCGGUGGGGGUCGAAUGGUGGGCAGAGUGA